AUGUUACUACGAAGACCCUUUAUAAAGUUUACCCUGUCUAUAUCUACUUUAUCCAAGGAGGAAAAAUUCCUCUUUAGCUUGAGGUUGUCGAGCACAUGUCUCGCGAUUGUGACGAUUUUGAUAAUGUUGAUUGGUCCCGUUGUUGUCAAGUCAUUUUACAUCACAAGGGUUAAUUGCUCCCACUUGGAUGUUUCGCAUGGGCUUUAUAACUCAUUAAAGAAUUCAGUUGGUGCAGCUACAUCCAUAUUAGGUGUCGGAGAAGGCAGCUACGUACCCAUGGGAACAAGCUUGACAAGCAGUGACAUCAAACUACUUACCGAUUACGCUGAGGAACAAGUUGGCGAGGCUCCUCAAUACUGUUUAACAUCGCUUUGGAGGUUCUGCUUUGGUAACUAUGAUACGUACACAAUUAAUGGAACGGAUGGGGAAGAUUUAAUCAGAAAGAGGAAUGAGUCGUUAACUUGCACAGGAAACAAGGGGAUCGCAUUUGACUAUCGAACUCAACUUUUGUCCAUAGGACUCCAAAGCAUAUUAGCUUAUGCGUAUCAGACCCGACUUUAUAAAGAUGACACAUAUGAGCGACAUAUCAAUCAGAGAGAACACAGAUUCAAGUUGGCCAUAAACGCCAUGAUAUUCACCGUGUGUGUUCAAGCAGUCUUGUUGUUUGCUUUGAUAGUCAUUUACGCUAACCGUGGCCCAACAAAGGACCUAAGUCGAAUCCCAAAUGUUGUGUUGCACGUUUUAUCAGUGUUGUCUGUGAUGGGGUUUUGCAGUUCCAUCAUUGAACUGGCCUUGAUCACCAACUUGAUAAAUCUCACUACAAACGAGGUCAAAUCCAAAUUGGGUGAUUUUGGUGUGAGUUUCGCUUCAGGACCUGCGUGGAUGACGUUUAUGUGGCUUUCAUCGGCAUUUUGUGCAAUUACAAUGGCAAGCUGGGCUUUACCAAUGUGGUGUGCUAAUCCCCCUGAUGAGAGUAGGCACAAACUAGACGACUCUCUUUUAAUAAACUUGAAUAGACAUGUAGAUUGA